AUGAAUUCGGGCCAGUCUCGCGCAUUAGCGCUCGAUUUCAAAUGGGGAAACUUCCACACCCUCAUCACCGAGUUUGAUACAACAAACCCCGACCCACUGCCACUCUACGAUGUGUCCUGCGGGAUGCUAGCACCCCACCUGAAGAUCAAAUCGAUACAAGACGAUCGACAGAUUGGAACUGGCACCAUCCAUGCCAUCAGCAUCAGUCCUGACUAUUCGAUCCAUGGAUCCAAAGGUACCCUUCGAGCUAAGAGUCGCCUGCGGACAAUAUACACCCACAUGUCCCACACCUUCUCGGACACAGACAAGCCGGCCAAGAUGACAUGGACAAGCCGAAGUGGUUUCACAAAGUGGGACUUUAUCUGCUGCGACGAGAACCAAAUACCUGUGGCGAAAUUCACUGCCAAUGUAUGGGCACUCAAGAAAGUUGCCAAGAUCGAGCUUAUGGGCCCGAAGGCGUUUGAUUCUGCGGCUCUGGAUGAGAUCGUGACCGUCGGAAUGACGCUGAACUACUGCAUGUAUCUUCGUAUUAACAAUCCUUUGAACCUUGUUGGCUCUGCUUUCAUGCGGACAGGAAAGGAAGCGCAAAUUGAGGCACCACGGCUGCAACCUGUAUAG